AUGGAACCAAGUAGGAAGGAAAAUACAGAGGAGACUCUGGAUGAAAACAGAUUAAGGAUAAGAAAGCUAUAUGAGAAGAAGUUACAUGAUCGUAAAUUGAGGAUAUAUGAGGAGGCCUUAGAGGAAGCAAUACGACGUGAGAAGAUGAAUGUUAGUAUUGUCGUUAAAUUUGGAGUGAAAUUCGAGACUAAAUUUGGACAAGAACUUAAAGUAGUUGGCAAUAUUGCAGAACUAGGGAAUUGGGAUGUAAACAAUGGAUUAACAAUGAAGUGGACGGAAGGUAGUUUUUGGACUGCAAACAUUAGAAUUGUUCCAAAUAGUAAAAUUGAGAAUAUCGAAUACAAAUAUGUGUUAACAAACAGCUCCUCUAAUGCUCAUAUUUGGGAACCAGGAAAAAAUCACUCUGUUCAGAUAAGUAGUGAUACAAUUAGGGAACUACAACUUACAGAUGCCUGGGGAGGUGGUGGUUUGUAUUAA